AUGGAUCUUCGCGUCGACAUCGUCGAGACGAGGCUCUGCCUGGACCAUCGCAGGAGGCCACCAGGUAAGUUCUUCUUUAGGUAAGUGAAUUUCCCUUGUUUCUUCCUUGUCUGUUGAAGUUCCGUGCAGCGUGCUGCUCUUGCUGCCUGCCCUCCAUAUGCUAGUCUGUCUGUUAAUAGCUAGAUGAAACUCUCGAUGCCUGCUGCGACUGUCUGUCAGUCUAUGCCUCUCUCUGCUAAUAGCUAGGUGUUACGGUGCUUGACUUUGAGUGGUGCCCUCACUUUUGUCUCUGACUGAUGACUGUGUCCGCUUGUUCACUCUAGUUCUACGUCCAAAAGCGUUAGGUUGUGUGUAUGCUCUCUCCUACUUCACUCCAUCACAUCACCAUCACCACCAAGGUCCCAGGCUAAUUCGGGUCGUUCUCUCACUAACAAAAAGUCGUGGCCCAUAGUGGAGUCCGGCAGCCGUCUGGGAUAACCGGGCAGCCCUGUACAGGGAUGCGUUGCCUGCCCUCGCGAGGGGGAGGGGGCUAGAAAAGUUGCCCUUAAGAUCGCUGGGAACCACGCUGUCAGUAGGCUGGCCGUGGCCGCAGACAAAAAACACACGGUCGAAACAGCCAAAACCGAAACAAUAACAACAAUCACUCUCUUCCCCUUCCAGUCUAUUCUUCUUCUUCUCCUCCUACUUUUCGCCGCCGCAGGCGCCAGACUGGCAGGGUGAGCCCGCUCACUCUGGCAGCCUGGAAUGUUCGUUCCCUUUUAGACAAUCCUAGGAGCAACCGACCGGAACGGAGGACGGCGCUAGUGGCACGGUAACUGGCACGCUACAAGGUGGACAUCGCCGCACUCAGCGAGACCCGAUUCUCCAAACAAGGCCAACUGGAGGAGGUGGGUGCCGGCUACACCUUCUUCUUGAGUGGUCGACCCAGGGCAGAGAGACGUGACGCUGGUGUCCCCUUCGCCAUCCGGACCGACAUCGUGGGACGACUGCCCUGUCUGCCGCAGGGAAUCAACGAUCGCCUGAUGAGCCACCGUCUGCCUCUCCGGCGAUGAGGCAAAUUCGCCAACCCCGACGCCGUCAGAGACAAAUUCUACGAGGACCUGCACGCCCUCUUGGCGACUGUGCCGAAGGCGGACAAGUUGAUUGUCCUUGGCGACUUCAACGCCCGCGUCGGCACAGACCAUACUGCCUGGAGAGGAGUGCUCGGUCCCCACGGUCUCCACGGCUCCAACGACAAUGGUCUGCUGCUUCUCCGCACCUGCGCAGAACACCGCCUCAUCCUGACGAACACGUUCUUAUGUCUGCCGGAGCGAGAGAAGGCCACCUGGAGGCAUCCUCGGUCGCGCCAGUGGCACCUGCUGGACUAUGUCCUCGUCCGGAGGCGAGAUCAGCGGGACGUGCUUGUGACGAAGGCGAUCGCGGGUGCUGACGGGUGGACCGACCAUCGCCUCGUCACCUCGAAGAUGCGUAUUCGCCUACAGCCUGGCAGGAGACCACAAGGUAAGCGACCCCCAGGUAAUCUGAAUGUUGCUUUGUUGUCUUUGCCCGCUCACCAUCUUCAUUUCAGCAACGAGCUAGCUCAACGGCUAGACAACCUUCCAAUUGCUGCCGCCGACGACGCCGCCGCCACUGCCGAGAACGCCUCCGUGGAGAACCGCUGGUGACAACUGCGAGCCACGGUCCAGUCGACGGCGUUCGCCGUCCUCGGUCGCACUCCCUGCCAACACCAGGACUGGUUCGACGACAACGACGCCGCCAUCAGAAAUCUGCUCGCCGAGAAGAACCGCCUACACAAAGCCUACGUAGAUCACCCCACUGAUGCCACCAAAGCUGCCUUCAACCGCAGUCGCCGCCAACUUCAGCAACGUCUGCGCGAGAUGCAGGACGCCUGGACUGCUCGCAAGGCUGAGGAGAUCCAAGGGUACGCGGACCGCAACGAAUGGAAGAACUUCUUCUCCGCGAUCAAAGCUGUCUACGGUCCGCCGACGAAGGGCACUGCUCCUCGCCUCAGCGCCGACGGCAACACUCACCUGACUGAGAAGACGCGGAUCCUACAGCGAUGGGCCGAGCAUUUCCGAGGCGUCCUCAACCGCCCCUCUGCCAUCUCCGACGCCGCCAUCGCCCGCUUGCCGCAAGUGGAGACCAACGUGGAUCUCGACCUCCCGCCAUCUCUCCAGGAGACCAUCAGGGCCGUGCAGCAGCUCUCCAGCGGGAAAGCACCCAGAUCGGACGCAAUCCCUGCUGAGGUCUACAAGCACGGAGGUCCCCAACUCAUGGAUCACCUGACUGCGCUCUUCCAGGAGAUGUGGCGUCAAGGGGAGGUCCCGCAAGAUUUCAACGACGCAACCAUCGUGCAUCUCUACAAGCGAAAAGGGAAUCGCCAAGUCUGCGACGACCACCGCGGCAUCUCCUUGGUAAACAUCGCCGGGAAGAUCUUCGCCCGCAUCCUUCUCAACCGCCUCAAUAACCAUCUGGAACAGGGCCUUCUGCCGGAAAGCCAAUGCCGGUCAACUUCAAGAGAAGUGUCAGGAGAUGCGGACCCACCUGUGCUCUACAUUCGUGGACCUGACGAAAGCCUUCGACAUGGUGAAUCGUGA